CAAUAUGUCUGGACGAGGAAAGACCGGAGGAAAAGCCCGAGCCAAGGCCAAGACCCGCUCCUCCCGGGCCGGGCUCCAGUUCCCGGUGGGCCGCGUCCACAGGCUGCUCCGUAAAGGCAACUACGCUCACCGUGUGGGAGCCGGAGCUCCGGUGUAUCUGGCCGCGGUGCUCGAGUACCUGACUGCUGAAAUCCUGGAGUUGGCCGGGAACGCGGCCCGCGACAACAAGAAGAGCCGUAUCAUCCCCCGCCACCUGCAGCUCGCGGUCCGCAACGACGAGGAGCUUAACAAGCUGCUGGGCGGAGUGACCAUCGCUCAGGGAGGAGUGCUGCCCAACAUCCAGGCGGUGCUGCUGCCCAAGAAGACCGAGAAAGCCCCGAAGUCCAAGUAG